AUGGCCGUCGAGCUCGUCGAGAACCCCAAGGCCGCCAUGACGGCGCCGGACGCCAAGACGCUGCACGUGUCGAGCGACCCGUUUGAGCAAAAGCACGGCUACAGCUACGACUAUGUCUACGUCUUCAAGGUCCACGACCAGGACGCGACCUUAUCGGCGGCCCAAACCGCGCACUCGAUGCGUAUGAUCCUCCAGCGCCUCGCAUCGGCCGGCCUCGAGACCAAGCUCUUCUACUCGGCCCAGCGCGACCUCGUGUUUUGCAAGAUCCGCGCGGCCCUCGAGCGGCUCUGCAAGGAGGCCGACCGUAUCGACCUCAAGCUCGAGUUGGACCCCAAGCACCUCAAGGCAUUGGCCGAGGCCGGCAACCCCAGCCAUGGCAUUGCACCCAUCGUCAUUGCAGAAGAGAGCCAUCAGACGAAGCGCAGUCCGUACCAAAACAUCUUUGGCAAGUACGACAUGGACGAGCGGCUUCAAAAGGUCUACAAACGCUAUGGCCCCAAGCGCAUCCCGUUCCGCGGCGUCGACCGCAUCAAGCUCAUCCAGAGCAUCAUUGACGCGAGCACGACCGACGGCGGGUGUGGCCUCAACACGCAGCAACUUGUACUCGACCAGUGUGUCUUGACGGCCUAUGCGCUGCACGACUUUGAGGAGCGUGAGAAGCUCAACGCCAAGUGGAUCAACUGGACGACACGGCCGUCGCAGCAACCGUUCCGAGAGAUCAAAGACUACUAUGGAGAGAAAGUCGGCCUCUACUUUGCCUGGCUCGGCCACUACACGUCGUGGCUCGUCGCGCCGUCGAUCGUCGGCGCCAUCAUGCUGGCCGAUAUCGUCAUUGAAGGCACGGUCGAUGCGCGCUUCCUCGCUGCCUUUGGGAUCUUUAUGGCGCUCUGGGGCACACUCUACCUCGAGUCGUGGAAGCGCCGCAACGCUGUCGUGCGCCUCGAGUGGGGCAUGGACGGCUACGAAAAGGAAGAGAAGGACCGCGCCGAGUUCCGCGGCGAGGACGUUCCGUCGCCGAUUGACGGCCGAACGAUCAAGUAUUUUAGCCCUGCCGAGCGCACGUCGCGAGUGCUUCGAUCGCUUCUCUUCAUCUUCGCACUCGUGCUCCUCGUCGUGGGCGCCGUGACCGCCAUCUUCGUCUUUCGCUUUGUGAGCUCCAAGGGCCAGCCGUGGUACCCGUACACAACGAUCUCCAUGCACGGCAAGGAUGUGCCGCUCGCAUCGCCCAUUGCAUCGAUGCUCAACGCCGUUCAAAUUCAGGUCAUGAACGGCAUCUACAUGAAUGUCGCGGUGCGCCUCAACAACUAUGAAAACCACCAAACCAACACGCAGUACGAAGACAACUUGAUCGCGAAAGCCUUCCUCUUCCAGUUUGUCAACUCGUACGCAAGUCUCUUCUACAUUGCCUUUGUCAAAACCUAUGUCGACGGGUGCUCGGCCGAUGACGCCGGCGGCUGCAUCUACGAUCUUAUGGUCGCGCUCGGCAUCAUCUUUGGCCUCCGCCUCACGUAUGCUAUUUGA